AUGGACGAAGAUGAUCAUACCGCAACAUCAACAACAGCAACCAAGACAACAACGACCUCUAGAGGUGGAGAAAAGACAAGAACACAUCGACCACAAACACAGACAACUGAUACAGCACCAGAGAACGAAGAGGUGAAGCCAACAAAAGAGACAGAGACAGCUCCACAAUCAGUUGUGGAAGUCGACAUUGAAGAGAUUGAUGAUGAUGAUGAUGAAUAUGAUGAAGUGGAUACGGACGACGAUGAGGAUGGCUUUGAAUCGGUGGACCAGGUCAGGUGCUAUCAUCUUAGGUCCAAGCAGGCGAUAGAUAUGGAGGCCGUGGCCAAGCGACUGGAGGAGGGUAAGGAGCUCAAGUGCGAUUGUUGUGCCGCCGAGUUUGACAUUAUGAUCUGCCUGGCAUGUGGCAUUAUUGGCUGCCAGAAGUUCCGACGACACUGCAUCGCGCACAACCGCAAGACGGCCCAUCAUCUCGUCAUGGACUUCCAGCAGAAGUACUGCUACUGCUUCCAGUGUCACAACUAUGUCAAGAAUGACAAUGCCGCCGGCGACAUUGAUCAGCUGCGCCAGAUGCUGUACAAGGCCACACUCGAGUCUCUCAAGACUCGCGUGAUCAACGACGAGAAUAUCUGUCGGGAUGACGUGGACGAGACCGCAUUCAAUCAUUAUCAAAUGUCGAUGACCAGGCGAUUCUUUGGCUUGUGGAAGCUGGCCAAGGUGCGUCUCGUCAAGCAGGACGGUCCACAGACAAUGACAUUGGCGGGCCAGAGCCAGACAUCGAUGGACAAGAAGAGGAAGCGAGAAGACGACCCUCCCGUCGGCCUCAUCGGCGGAGACGCAGAAUACAUUGACGACGAGGCAACACAGCGCGAAGACCCCUUUGUGGACCCGCAUGAUGGCAUGCCACCACCACCACCCCCGUCCCAGUUUGGCAACGGCAACGGCAACAGCAGCAAUGGCAAUGGCAACACAUUGGAGAGAGGUGACACCAAUCAUUCAUUGAUUAGAAGUGAGAGUGGCUUGGAUAUACGCAAGUCCACCAACAAGAACUACUCAUCAACGUACUUGAUGUCAAAGUUGGCAUGCUCACCAAUCAAGACCAAUGGAAUCAUUCCAGGUGCGACAGGCCUGCGCAAUCUAGGCAACACAUGCUUCAUGAACACCAUCCUUCAAUCACUGAGCAAUAUACCAGAGUUUAGAACAUUCUUUGUUCAACUCAAGAGUGGCCAACAAUCAGCCAACAGCGACAAUAACAACAACGCCGUCAUGAUGAUCAAUGACCCCCUGGCCAGCCCAUCCAAGCGUCAAUCAACGAUCGACUGUCUCAGCCUGCUUAAGAACAACAAAAUCAAUGGAUCCAAGCUCUCUGACCUGUCCUUUAGCAUCCAAUUACAUUACUUGUUCAGAGUACUGUGGGCUGGCAAGUGGAGUGUUGUGACGCCAUCAUCACUUUUGGACUCGGUACUUAAGUUCAUACCUCAGUUCAAGUAUUACCAACAGCAGGAUGCACAAGAGUUCUUCUCAUCACUGCUCGACUGCAUAUCAGAGGAACUGAAUCCUAAACCCAAGAAGGUCCCGCCUCCCAAGUCCCACACAUUCAAGCGUCUGUCCAGAAAGAAGGUUCCGCCACCAUCACCAUCAUCAUCAAUCACUCCUAGUCCUCAUUCCAUCGAAGAUGUCGACAACACCACAGAUGUCUCUGCGUCUGCCAUUACAUCCUCCACUUCCACUGCCACUUCCAUUACAGACACAAACAACUCCACUUCCACAUCCACUGCCACAUCAAUAUCCACCUCAACAUCAACAACAACAACAACCUCAUCUGAUGAGGAUGACCUGGUGGUCAAACUAUUCCAGGGCAAGCUGAAGAGUGAGAUCACAUGCAUGAAGUGCAAGAAGAGGGCAUCAGUAUUUGAGACAUUCCUCGAGUUGACAUUGGACGUACCAUUCACAACAACAACACCAGGAGGUGGAGGAUCAAGGAGGAAGCGAACAAGAGGUGGAAACAGCAAGGCUGAUCACAAAGAUGAUCAAUCAUCAGAGACCCCAACAACAACAACAGUCUCCUCAGCCAAGGACUGCCAACUUGAAGACUGCAUCAAGCAUCUGAUCAAGAAGGAAUUGCUCGAUGGCAAGAUAUACAACUGCGAGACCUGCAAGGAGUUGCAAGAGGCCGAGAAACGAUUCUCAAUCGUCAGUCUACCAAAUGUCCUAUGUAUAGUACUCAAACGUUUCAGAUGGAGAGCGGACCGAUGCUCAAAGAUUGAGACCGAAGUAUCAUUCCCAUUCGAACUGGAUCUCACGGCAUUCGUAGAGCCAGAGUUGGCGCCAACACCUCAACCUCAAGUGUCUGGCGACAUCAUCAUAAUCAACAAUGACGAAAGCAGUAGCAGUAACAUUAACAACAGUGUCAACAAUAGUAGUAGUAACUACGAACUGGUGAGCGUCAUCAAUCAUCAUGGAUCAAGCCUGUUUAGUGGACAUUAUACAACAUAUUGCUUUAAUGAUAUACAAGAGAUAUGGGUCAACUAUAAUGAUAGCAAGGUCACUAUUGUCGAAGCCAAUGAAGUGAUAGAGUCCUCAAAGUCCACAGCCUACAUACUAUUUUACCAAAGGAAGUCAAACAUAUCUGACAAUCCAUAA